GCUGAGUAGCUGGUGGCAGCUCUGACGCCCUCACAGCAGUGCAGGUGCCAACUUGUGGCUGCAGCCUCUGUUCCCUCAUGUAUAAGAUGUCCGCGAACUACAACUUCCAGGAGGGCGUGAGGGCUGCUGUUAUUACUCUUUUGGUCAUCAUCGUGCUGAUUGUUGGGUUGGAGCAAAGGAGGGACCCUUGGGACUUGGCUCUGCCUCCUGAGCAGGUGGCAGAGCCCAAAGCCUCCAGGUGUGCAAGUUGCUUCAGCGAGUUGAUUCAUCCCACCGCCGUGAACUGAGUGCCUGCUCUGCCAGAAGUCAAAAUGGGCAAGGCCCCUGGAGCCUGUGUUCUAGUCAGUGAGACACCACGCAAGUAAUCCAAGUUUUCUCAGGUCUGGUUACUGUUAGGAAGAGAGUCAGCGGGUCACGAGAUGGAGUUGAUUUAACCUGUGGCUGCGGAGGGCUUCUCUGAGGAGAUAUUUCAGCUGAGCCUUGAAUGCUGCCAAGGAGCUCUCCGCAGAAGCGCACCCCAGGCAGGCGGCCCAGCAAGUGCAAAGGCCCAGAGGCAGGAGUGGACCAAGUGUGUCCAGCAAGUGGCUGAAGCAUCAGAGUUGGGGGUGUGGGGUGCAGACACCUUGUGGGGUAGUUUUAGUCAGAGGCUUCUAAGCAAGGGAGCAACUUUCUCCAGCUGUCAUGUGGGGAAUGGAUUGGAGGGGCAGGUUUGGCUGCCAGGAUGCUGGAGCCCAGCCAGGGCCCUCUGCUUGGUCUGCGCUCCCCUGCCCAGCGAGCAGCCUCCCCGUAGGGAAAGGCUGGGGCUCCAGAACACCCACUGCAGCACUGCCUGAACCACCACCCACCAGCAGGGCCCUGGCUCCUUUGUAGACAGAGUUCCAAGUAGCCUCCUCUGGUCCCCUCUGACUCAGGCAGCCUGUCCCUGCCCCAAGGAAGGCUUGCCACCCUCAGUUGUGCCUGGGUCUGGCAUGGUCCCAGUGUGGGAGAAGGGCGCUCAGUGUCACAUGGGUUCUUGCAUAGGCUGCACUGGAUCUCCCUCCACACUGCCCCCAAACCAACCCACCUCCUUUCUUAAUGUCUGCGGCCUGGAGGUGGGGUCCUCCCUGAAUUGGCCCUUCCCCUUGAUAAUCUCUCCCCUUCAGACACGGUUACCUGCCCUGGAAUCUGGCUUCCCCUUGCCAGCUGUGGCUGCCCCACCUGAGCCCUGACCCCUGGCAGAGGGCCACGGUAGGGGAGAGCCUCUCUCUUUGGGUCCUUACUCCCCACGUCUGACAGAACACCACCGAGGACCCAACGUGAAUGAGUUUCUGGUGAAUCCUGCCAACCCUCGCCUGCCCUCUGCCCCUCUCCUUCUCAGCCCCGGUCAGGGCACAGAACUUGCCCUCGGCUGCAUGGCUCUCCUGAGGCUGUGCCAUGGCACCCAUCCUGUGAGCACAGGCUGUGGUGCCUUCCCUCAGCAAAUCCAUGUCCACGGUGGGAGAAAAAUGGAGCUUGAGCCAGCUGGUGGAGCGAGUGGCACCAUAGGAUCCAGGGGAGCCCCGCUACUGUCCCUCUGAUGGCUGUUUCUGAUGCUUCCGAGCCCUAGCAACUUCCUUCUCCAGUACAGACACCUGGUAAGUAACUCAGGCCCCCUUUUGCUGAAGCUUCACGGUUUUCUGUUGUGUACACUGGGUAGGAGGCAGUGGGAAUCUUGGGUGGGAUCCUGGCUCUCACAAACUGCUGGGUGCCCUCAGGCAAGUCCCAUUCAUCUGAGCCCCAGGUUCCUCCUUGGAAUAAAGUGGGGGAGACCUUAUUUCCUCCAACAGUACCUGGCUAUGGUGUCUGACAGGCAGGGUACUUGGUGCGCUGGGCUGGGAAGCUCCCUGCCCCGGGAUUUAAAUCACUUCUGCCCCAGCAGGCUGGGCUUAGGGAGCCCCAGAACUCCUCACCAUGCACCCAGUUCAGUGCUGGGUGUGGACUUGUACUGUGAGGGCAGUUGGAGCUUUGCCAGACUCUGCUUUCCUGCUCUUCUAGUCAGGCAGACCAGCAGUGACCUUGGAUUCCAGUGCUUAGCCGGCUGCAGAACGAUGGGGCUGGCGUGCGUGCAGGGAGGGUUGUGUCCUCUGAUCCCAGGGCUCAGCUGAGCCCCUUGGGGGAAGCAGGAGGCGCCCUCGCGUCCAGAAGCUGGAGCCGUCCAGGCCUGGAGCUGGCGGUGGGAAGCCCGCGGGGUGGUGCUCCCAGGCAGGCGCUGGGGGAGGGCCGAGGGCAAAGAGAUCGCUGGGGCUUCUCCUGCCCUCUUCGGGGCGGGUAGUCUGAACCCUGACUCCGCAAGCACCGCCCCCACCCCGCAAGCGCCGCGCGCCCGAGGACCCGAAGUCCGCGCUCCACUCCUGCGAGCUCGGCUGUCGCGUUGCAUCCUGGGCUCUGUGGUUUUCGAGGACCGUGGGCGGGGCCCGCUCGGGGUGCGCGGCUAUUGGGUGACGGCUGGGGCGCCCGCAGCCAUUCGCUUUGUGCCCGCCCCUUCCGCCCCGCAACGGAGCGUCGGAGAGCCGUGACGGGCUCUGCCCUGGUGCGCGUCAGCGAUUGGCGAAGGGGCGGGGCCCAGGGGCGCGGCUGUCCGCGGAUUGCUCGGGCGCGGCGGGGGCGGGCCCGCGCAUGCACGUAAGGGCGGUGCACGGGUCGCGGUGGGUAGUGCCAAGAUGUCGGCGGCGGCGGUUCCAGAGCUGAAGCAGAUCAGCCGGGUGGAGGCGAUGCGUCUGGGGCCGGGCUGGAGCCACUCGUGCCACGCCAUGCUGUACGCCGCAAACCCCGGGCAACUCUUCGGCCGCAUCCCCAUGCGCUUCUCGGUGCUGAUGCAGAUGCGCUUCGACGGACUGCUGGGCUUCCCCGGGGGCUUCGUGGACCGGCGCUUCUGGUCGCUGGAGGACGGACUGAAUCGGGUGCUGGGCCUGGGCCUGGGCUGCCUGCGCCUCACGGAGGCUGACUACUUGAGCUCGCACCUGACCGAGGGCCCGCACCGCGUCGUGGCGCACCUGUACGCGCGGCAGCUGACGCUGGAGCAGCUGCAUGCUGUGGAGAUCAGCGCAGUGCACUCGCGGGAUCACGGCCUGGAGGUGCUGGGGCUCGUGCGCGUCCCACUGUACACCCAGAAGGACCGAGUCGGUGGCUUUCCCAACUUCCUGAGCAACGCUUUCAUCAGCACAGCCAAGUACCAGCUCCUCUUUGCUCUCAAGGUGCUCAACAUGAUGCCCGAGGAAAAGCUGGCUGAAGCUUUGGCUGCGGCCACAGAAAAGCAGAAGAAGGCCCUAGAGAAGCUGCUCCCAUCUUCCUCCUGAGCACAGCCUGCAGGCACCUCCAGGAAGCAGUCUGGCAGCACUGGCCAAGCGUGCACAAUGACAACAGCAGAGCCACCACAGGACAGGAAGGUCACCACUGGCGGUCUCCUAUGGCCCUACGUCUGGAAAGACUCCUCAGCGAAGCUCACAGUUUCCACAGCGCCGGCCUGGUAAGGAAAGCAAUGCUCCUGGCCCAGCCUGGGUGUCCCAUCUUAGAGCCUCGACGAAGUGGCUGGCACAUGUGGGCAAGGACACUCUGCUCUGUAAAUAAAACACCUGUACUUGC